AUGAUAUUUGGAGUUAAUUCAUCAGUUCUGAAUGAUUCAUUCUUUUUGACAUUUCUUGGCAGGUUGAGACAUUUCAUUGAUAUCAUCGAUCCUUCCACUUUGUUUGUGACGGAGAGUCGUUUAAAAGAAUGUAUCAAACUCCUGGAUGAUUUUAAACAAAGGAAUCUUCCUCCAGGAAUUACAGAUCACCAGCUCUGGGAGGCUCAGAAGGUGAAGCAGGCCAUCAUUCACCCCGAUACCGGUGAAAAACUCUUCAUGCCUUUCCGCAUGUCAGGCUAUGUGCCGUUUGGAACGCCAAUCGUUGUUGGUCUUCUCCUUCCAAACCAGACUUUGGCCUCUACUGUGCUCUGGCAGUGGCUCAACCAGAGUCACAAUGCUUGUGUGAACUACGCCAAUCGCAAUGCCACAAAGCCAACACCAACCUCAAAGUUUAUUCAGGGAUAUGUGGGAGCCGUCACCAGCGCUGUUUCUAUUGCAGUGGGACUGAAUGUACUUCUCGAGAAAUCCAGCAAAUAUAACCCUGCCACCAGGCUGUUGAUACAGAGGUUUAUCCCUUUCCCUGCUGUAGCCAGUGCGAACAUCUGUAACGUAGCUCUGAUGAGACACAAUGAGCUGUCUGAGGGAAUAGAUGUGUUAGACAGCAACGGGAAUGUAGUGGGAUCCUCACGGAUAGCUGCCAAACAUGCACUGAUAGAAACAGCACUAACGCGAGUAGCCCUACCACUGCCAAUCUUUGUCCUUCCACCAAUCAUAAUGGCCUUCUUGGAAAAGCUUCCUCUGAUGCAGGCCCAUCGCAGGAUGAUGCUGCCUGUGCACAGUUUAGUAUGUCUGGCAGUCUUUGGUCUGUCCUUGCCGCUGGCUAUCAGUCUCUUCCCACAGAUGUCAGAGAUCGAAGCAUCUCACCUUGAGCCGGAAAUUGCCAUGGCAACAGAUUGCAAGGUGCUGACUUACAACAAGGGACUGUGAUGAAAGACAGAGAAGUUUAAUCAGCUGUCUAAGAUUGCCAAGGACAUGUAGCAUAACAGGUGCAAACCGUAUUGAGGAGGAAAAUGCAUUCUGAGCAAUAGUAGCCAGCUAACCCUUUCCUUUACUGCUGAGCCAUUUAUCGGUUUUAUAGAAACUUGAUAAAGUAAUAAUUACAGUAUUUACUAUUUUACUGACAACUAUGACAGGGAGGAAACAAGGCCUUAUAUUACAUGAUUUUAUAUAUAUUAAUAAAUACAUUAAUGUUGAUCAAACAAAUUAU